GUCGACCUCCCCAACCGGAUCUACGUUGUCGUGCGGGACGUCAAGGAGAACAUCUACGACCCGGUGCGGGUCUUUUCUACCUGGCGGGAUACCCAGUGGAAAGCAGUUUGGAUGGCCGCUGAGAGCAGCGUUUUGGGCGAGGCGGCGGCUCAGGACCUUGGCUGCUUCGCCUUGGCUAAGGAAGAAGGUCCGAUCUUCGACUACGGCUUGGUGGCGGUAAGACCUAAAGCUGUGGAAGGAGCUCCUUGGGUGGCAUUGGCGGUUAUCGGCGAAGACGCUGACGGUGAGUUGGUGGUGGCAUUGCCGGGUGGAGCUUGGCAUCGCACCGCUUCUCGCCGCCGCGUGCCGACGGCGAGUUUGAAGUCGCCUCGGGCUUUUUCGGUGCGGCUGGCAGCCCCUGAGGCGAGAGAGCAGGCCUUGGAGGCUACUUGUCGUGUUUGGGUGGCCGGGCUGCGAACGGCCUGGGCUCAGCUCCUGGACUUUGUGGCUGUCGGCGAGGAGGACCUGGAUCUGGGCUACAGCUUUGGAGAGGGCGAGCAGAUAGACUGCGUGCCCUUUGCAGAGGAUCUCAUUGAGGCGGCCGGGGACAGGAUCACUUACCAGACAGCCGCUGAGGGCGACUCUCCGGAGCACUCUGCUCGACCUGCCUUCGGAAGCAGGAGCGAGCCGGGAUGGGCUACAAGGGUGGCCGACCUCGAGCGAGACAUGGGCCAAGUGCAGCAGGGCGUCAAGGACAUCCUGGCGAAGCUCGGCGGAGGACCAGCGGAGGGUGCCAACCAACAGCAGCCGGCGACUUCUCGACCGUCGGCGCUGCGGCCAACUUCUCGAGGCAAAGCCCCACCUCCUUCACGAGAACUUGGAGGCCUCGACCCGGCGGUUGUUCAGGCGGCCCGCGCGGCUGGAGUUCCAGACAGCCACUUGCAGGAGAUGGCGCGAGUUGUCCAGGGCACCCUGAAGGACCCUCCGGCACCAGCCAAAACACUUUGGGCCCCGUCUGCUUCCUUGGCGGCUUUGGACCAGACCGACGACGAGCCGGAGGAGGAGACUGCCGACGAGGCUCAGCUUCAGGAGGGCGACCGGAUGACAGCCGCCAUCGAGAAGUUGACCGCGAUCGCAGAGAGCCUGACGGCUGGGCGACGCAAGGCCUCUACCUUGGAGGGGCUGCUGGAGGCCGGGGGCUCUACCGACGCUUCUGGCUCAGCAAGCACCUCGCGGAGGAACUCGGCGGCCCUUCGUGUGCUGAAGCGUGCUCUUCAGGAUCACCCCCGCGAGCUGGCCGACGGCAUGCUGGAGCGCAUGGCCGCCGACUUUGGGUUGGCAAGGGCGCUUCCUGGAGGAGACCGUGUUCCUGUGACAGCCAGGGCUUGGGUCGAAAGCCGGGCUCGCAUUCAGCACCUUUAUCCUUCGACGGUCCGUUUUGCUUGGAUUUUAGCAGGGGUGGUGGAUGCUCUGAGCCGCGGCAACUACGACGAGGGCCUCGCACGGUCUCUGGUGGGGCUGGCUGCAGUGGAGCAGCUGAGUCUGGACAGAGGCAGCUGGACACUGGCCGAGCCGAUGCUGUUGGAGGAGCCUGCUCCUCUGAGCAGCUUCCAUGGAAGGCAGAUACUGUCGGGGAGCGAGCAACCUUUCACUCGCUUGCUCGAUGCCAGGACGGUGGAGCUGCUGGUCUACCAGGUGAAGGAGGUCGACGAGUACUUGGAGAGGAGGAAGAAGUUGGGCACCCGCCGCCCCGGGCCCACCGUGCCCCUCGGACGACACAGAGGACAACCGGGACACCACGGAGGACAAGGGCGGCAAAGGCAGACCGAAGGCCAAAGCGAAGGGCGCUGCGGCCCGAGGGGAGCAAGCAUGAUGGGGCCUUCGGGCCACGGUGGGCAUGGAGUGCCCUCGGAAUUUGUUAGCGCAGGGGAAUCUCCCCCCCACGUGCCGGGAUCCUCAGCGAAGCCUGUGCUCCCGUCUUCUUUGUGGGCUGCUAUACCACGGUGGCUGCUUCGGCUGCGCACCCCUUUUGCGAGAUUUUUUCACUGCCUGGUGACUGAGAAGCCUGAGCGGGGAUGCCCCGCUACCGGGGGGCUUUUUCCUAUGCCUUUGCCUUAUCCGGGCGUCUACAUGAGGAGCGCUCGGCGGCGAACUCCACCGACCCGCCUGGCGGAGCGGCAUGCCGUGAACCUGGCGGUGGCUGCGCUGUCCUGGCUGUCUUUGGGGCAGCCUACGGCGGCGCCUGCUGAACUGAGUUUGGGGCGACCUUUGUCGGGGGAGCAACGUGGAGCAGUUCGUCGUUUGGAAAGAGCCACCCGAGUUUUGGCCCGCCAUACAGAGGUGGGCCCGGCUGACAUGGGCCGAGCUGCGGCGAAGGUCGAGGCAGUCGAAAAGCAGCUGGCGCGGCUUGUGCAGAUCACCUUUGCCCUUAGCAGCAUGUGCAAGCACUACCUAGGGGCCCCCGACGAGAUGCAUUACAACCACAACCGGCCCCAACCUGGCUCAGGCUCUUCACCGCGCUCUUCUUCUUCAAGGCGGCCUUUAAGUGGGACCGCCCCUCGUGAUGGGGAGCUUGGGCUAGGCAAGGCGCCGGACUUCGGGGACGCAAAUUUCUACUUGAGUGAUCCUGCUGCAGAGUUUGCUGAUUGUCUUCGUUUUGGGGCGGAUGCCGAGACUGUGGCCAAGAACCUUGAGAGUCAUCGGCUCGCCUUGUCAGGCCGGCCCACUUUCGAUCCUUCGCCUCACUUGGACCCGGAGGCCCGCUCGCACUACCUUGACCCGAGUGCCUGGAUGGCGAGCCCCGACACCUUGCAGGAGCCGCUGCCCAAGCCGAAGUUCAAGGCCUCUCGUGCUGAGCGUCUCAAAGUUUUAGCCAUGUUGGACAGUACAGACCGAUUGCGCUUUGUGCCUGCUGCUUGCGUUGAUUACCGCUUCACCAAUGGCCUUUUUGCAAUCAUCAAAGACCAGUCGCGAGACAGAUUGAUUUUAGAUGCGAGAUGUCCCAAUCUCCUAGAGGCAGCUACGGGACGUUGGAUACGGACACUUGCAGCGGCUCCAUCGUUGCUUUCUUUGAGCCUGGAGCCUGGAGAGGAGUUGGUGAUGGCAGGGGAGGAUUUGAAAGAUUAUUACUAUUAUUUCUGGACCCCUACUACCCGAUUCCCUCGAAACGUUUUGGCAGGUGCUCUCCCCGAGAGCGUCGCAAGAGCCUAUGCUGGCUUCGAGUUUGCCGAGGCUGGGCAUGGGCGUUACUAUGCAGCGCUGAACACCUUAGCAAUGGGCGACCGCAACGCCGUUACCUACGGCCAAACAGCCCAUCUGUCUAUCCUGUUGAGUUGCACUGAUAUUUCUCUCAACGAGCUGAUAACGCUGGACAGCCGCCCGGCUCGAGGGGGAUUUUGUGCCGGGAUAUGCAUAGAUGACUUUGUUUGUCUAGAGAAGCGGCAGAAGGGCUCUGGGGUCCCAAAGCGUUCAAAGCAUGUGGUUUCCUCAAUGCGCGCCAGUUACAAGGAGGCCGGGCUAGAGCGUAGCGAGAAAAAGGCUUUCGAGAAUGUGACAAAGGCGAGCUUUUGGGGGGCCUCGGUGAACGGGGAAUCUAGAGAUGUGCGGGCUCUUCCUUCACGGGCGCUGCCGGUGAUGAGCUACGUUUUGGAGGUCAGCCGAAUCGGAUUGGCGACGCGGGCCCUCUUGGACGUCAUCGCUGGCAGCCUGGUCUCGCUUUUCUCGUUUCGGCGUCGGCUCCUUUGCCUUCUUGACCUCGUCUACUCGGAAGGCCGUGGGCUCCCCCGUGACUUGGUUUUCUCGCUGAGCGACAGACUGCGGGACGAACUUUGCGUGGCAGCUCUUUUGGUGGCGACGGCAGCUACGAACUUGAGGGCCAGGCACUCUCCUCUGCUUUUGGCCUCCGACGCGUCGCUGGAGUGGGAGGCUGGUGUCGAGACCGUUGUUGGGGAACCUUUUGCGAAGGAGCUCUUCAGGCACUCGCUGGUCAAGCCCCUGUGGAACCGACUUCUUCGCCCCCUGGCGGCUCGUGACCGUGCAGCUGGAGUGUUACCCACCAGUGAGGAACUGCCAGAGAACGAGGUUAAGGCACACCCUCUUUGGUCGGAGCUGGCGCGAACUCUGCCCUUUGGCGAACCGUGGCGGCGACCUUGCAAGCCAGGCCGUCACAUCAACAUCUCUGAGGUGCGCGCUGCUUUACAUGCUGAGGCUCGGCAUGCUCGUCGGCAUCCUUGCAGUCGGGUAAAUCUGGCUCUUGAUAGCCAGGUCGCCCUUGGAGCUCUUGGCAAAGGCCGGUCGAGCAGCGAUGCCAUCAACCGCGAGCUUCGUAAGAGCUUGGCUGUGCACCUGGGAUACGAUAGCUACCUGGGGCUGCUCUAUUUCGCUUCCGCUGAGAAUCCAGCAGAUGAUGGGACAAGGAACGUACCUCUGCGAAAGCCGGCCAAGGAGGCGCCAGACUGGUGGAGCGCUGCCUGCGAGGGCGACUUUGUCGGGCUCGACGACUGGCUGGCUGAGUGCGCUGCUUUGCCUGAGGAAGCUCUUGAGCUCCCUUCGGUGGCAGAGCUCGGAGUUCUUCGUUCUCCAGCCUCUUCUCGAAGGCAGGCUCGGCGAGACUGGUGGCAACGACCUCCGCAGACCAGACCCCCUCUUGCUGCUGCUGCUCCGUCGGGUUUUCGCUCUCUGCUGCCGGCGGCUGUGACUGAGAAGUUGCUUUCUGUUCCCGCUGGGCAGUUUGUGGUGGCACGGGGGGGCACUUUGGACCUUUCUCAGAAGGGCUUCUUGGACCUGUACAGCGGCUCGUUUGGAGUGGCUCGAGCUCUGGCUAAGGCGACAGGCUGCUGGGUUCUCACUUACGAACUCCGCCGAGACGCUGCUGAGGACCUGCGCUGCCCCAGGCUACAGGAGUUCAUCCUGGAUCUCCUCUCGUCGGGCGCUUUCUUUGGAGUUGGAGCUGCACCAGUUUGUUCGAGCAUGAGCCGGGCUGUUCGGCCGGCAGUGCGUUCGACAGCUUGGCCCCAAGGGCUGCCCAACUGCAGGCCGGCAAUGCGAGAGCGGGUCGCGGAUGGCAACAACCACGCCGACUUCACUGCAGCUGUGGCAGCUGCGUCUUUGGCUACGAAAACAGCCUUUUGGGUCGAGAAUCCGGCUUGCUCUUUCCUUUGGGCCCAACCUUCCUGGCAACAGUUCAUCAACGAGGCUGGAGAUGCUGCAGGUUUCUUCCUCGUUGACUUCUGCAGGUGCGGGGCCCCUUGGCGCAAGCGGACAAAAGUGUUCACCUCGACUUCCCUGCAAGGCCAGCGUUUGUUGUGUGAGUGCACCACACCUCACCGAAGGCUCAGUGGCUACAGCAAGGAAUUAGGGAUGAUGAUGACCAAGGCGGCGGAGCAUUACCCCAGGAAGCUGAACCUUUUGCUUUCGGCUGCUCUGGGUGAGGCGUGCCGGCGGCCUGCUGAUCGCAGGCAUGUCAGUGCAAGUGACAUCUGCAGGAGCCAAGGCCACCGAAUCGGAGAAGCCAAGAAUCCCGGCCCUGAGCUUGCCAACCUCGAAGAGAUCCAGUUAGUGAGCCAGCGGACUCGAGCCCUUCAGACGCGUCUCUUGGCUGACUUCGGGGUGUGGCUUGGGGCUAACUUCUCGGCACCGGCAGUUCCCUCUUACAAAUGGCGGCACAUCUGCGCCUACUUUCAGAAGGAGAAUUUGCUGCUACGGCCAUACAUGCCUCUUUGUUGGGAUUUGGUGACCAGAUGGGAACGAGUGUGCCCAACGGCUCACCGAACUCCGAUUCCGCACGCUUUGGCUAAAGCAGUAAUCUCCGUUGCCUUGGGCUUUGGAUGGCCUCGCUUCGCUGCCGUGGUGGGGUUGUCCUUUUACGGGACGGCUCGUGUGGGAGAGCCCUUGCUGGCCAAGCGCUCUGCAGUUCUGCUUCCCCAGGACCUCCUGCUCGACGACUUGCCUACGUGUUACGUCCGGGUCGAAGCGCAGAAGUCAGCUCACCGUGGCACUGGCAGGGUUCAACACUUUGUGGUCAGGCAGGCUGUCUUCGUGGACUUCCUUUCGCGGUUGCUGGGUGGCCGCCCUUUGGAGGAGCGAAUCUUCUCGGCUACUGCCUCUACGUUCCGUAGGCGAUGGGAGACCAUCCUGCAGGCCCUCGGCAUACCGCGGUACGCAAAGCUGACUCCAGGAGGGCUGCGCGGUGGUGGCGCAGUCUUUCUGUAUCAGCUGAACACGCCGAUACAUGAUGCAUGCGACUGCGUUCUCAGGCUACUCUGGAAAGCUACCUACAGCGGCGUCGAGGGCAUCGCCAACUUCUUCGACCGUUGUGGCUGCUGGAGCUGGGCGGAAGAGCUCGUGAGACCUUUUGAAGUUUCUGUGGGAGCAGCUGCAAGAGCUUUUCUUUUGAGCAGUGAAAAGUGCAGCGUCAGUGAACGAGCCUUCAUGUACAUGCAUGAGGGCGAUGUGAACUUCAGCUCCGCAGUUUGUUGGCUCCCACCCUCCCACCCGGGAGCCGUGGAAGAGCUCGUGAUCGUCGCGAAAUACACGAGCCAGAUUCAGUCCUGGCCGUGGAAGACGUGCAACUUGCAGGGUCCAUGGCAGGUGGAGGACCGCGCCUUCGAUGGCUUUGAUCAACUCGCCAGCAGUUCGGAGUUCAAGCAGUUGCAUAGUCCAAAUAUUUGUGAGACCUGUGUGAGAGCCAUGGGCAACGUGUGCCAGUGUUGUGGGGCACGAGACAAAGAUCCAUCCUUGCUGCCAGACUAUGCCUCGGGUGGAAAUUCGCAGCACGGGUUUGCCCUCGCGAAGAAUGACCGUGGCCGGAUGGAGGACGCCGUUGCCAUCAGCGACAAAGUUGCGGGACACGCCUGCUUUGCUGUGUUCGACGGGCACGGAGGCGACAAGGCCACUGUGCUUGCCAAGCAGUUCCUGCCACUGCAACUGGAAAAGCACCUUGAACAAGAGAGCAACAAGGAGAAGGCAGCCCAUCAAGCUUUCGCAGCAAUGGACGAGCUAAUGCAGAAGCAGCUGGCAGAGGAAGCUAAAGUGUUGACAGCCGGCACUUCGUCCGGGACAGUUGCAUGCAUUGCGCUCCUUCAGGAAGGCGAGCUCGUCCUUUUGAACCUGGGGGACUGCAGGGCAGUUGUAUGUGAGAAUGGAAAGGUGGGCACAAGUACACGAGACCACCAUCCAGAAAAGAAUGACCAGGAGAAGCAGCGCCUGGAGAAGCUCGGCGUCUGCAUCGAGGGGGGUUACGUGGAUGGCAAGGUGCAAGUCUCUCGUGCCCUUGGGGACAUUGUGGACAAGACGGGACAGAAGAUCCUGGGUCUCAGCAACACGCCCGAGGUGACCAGAAUCGAAGUUAAGAAGACGACAGAGUUCGUCAUCCUGGCCACAGACGGAGUCUGGGACGGCUUACGCGAACAGCUUGCCAUCACCACCGCUCGGAAGAUCCUGCGAGAGACCAAAUCUGCAGAAGGAGCCGCAAAAGCCGUGCUGGAAGCAGCCGGUAAGGUCACCAAGGCCGACAACGCAGCGGUGAUUGUGGUGUCGCUGAACAUUCCGGAGCCGCUCCCUAAAAGGGAUGCGCCCCCGAGCCGCUUCCAGCGGAACUCCAAGACGGAGUGUCUAUUCCUGCUGUUCCACGAGGCAUUGCCACAGAACCAUGUGAAGGAGCCUGCAGCCUACAAUACGCUGAUGCCGCCAAACACAGUGUCCAUAGGCUGUCCAACGCAGAAUCAAAGAGCUGGCUUCCAGCAUCUGACUGUGAAGGUCCAAAUCGCGCAAGCCCCUGCGUUCCAGAUUCAGGACAUGGCCAUCCGCGUGUUCUCGGCGAAAUCACGUGCGCUGCUUUCCACGCUGCCCCCUCCUCCCAAUGCAAAGGAGUGGCAGCUGCUUAUCCUAUGGCUGAGCUCGGAAGAGGCAGUGGCCAUCUUCUACGUGCCCUCGGCACCCCUGGAGAAGAGCAAAGCUGAGGAGCAGCCGAUUCCACGGACGCAGGCUGCCACGCCACUGCUGCUGCGGCGCUUCAGCAUCGUGGAGGUGCGGACGCAGAUGAUGGACAAGGACUUGUCCAAGGAGUCAUUCCGAUGCGUUUCCCUCUACCAUGGGCCGCUUCCCAAGGGGGACACACUGCUCCACACCGUGAAGGUGGCCCAGCAGGUCCUCGAGGAGGAUUCGUCUCCGGCCUCGCCGCGAAGGCAUAUACCCAAACAGACGGCGCCGACAGGGUUUGUGACUCGGUCCACAGUCGCAGCUCAGAAGGUCUUUGCUUACGGCUUCAUCUUCGUGCGCAGGCGCCGCCAGUGCUUCCGGCACGGCGACAAAGAUGGCAAGGAACUGACGCUCAUGGCAGGCGCCAGCCUAGUGCUGCAGCUGCCCUCUGUGGCGGUGCAGCGGCGAGCGUCGCCGCACGGUGCCGCCGCCGAGCUGAGGGCAGCGACAGCGAGGCGAGCAGCAGCACUUCGGAGGAAGACAAAUCACUGGGUGCGCGGUUCAAGCGCUGGUGGCAAAAGACCCUUGGCUGUUGGAUCGCUGUUGAAUGCCAAGAUGGACUCCAAGUCUCUGCGCAAGAUGGGGCUCAUGUGCCUGCUGUCGUACGGCUUCGUGUCGAAUGUGAAUGCUUUGCUUCUGAUCCUCUUGGCCACCUAUCGCUCGAUCGUGGCGACAGGCGCCAGCCCUCUGGCCAGCCCGGUGGCCCUCAAACAGUUUGGCAUUACGUGGGCCGGACUCUACGUGAUAAGCAACAUAGUUCGGCCAGUUCGAAUCAGCAUCGCCCUGGCUAUUUCGAAGCCGUUUGACAAUAUGGUCAAUUGGCUUCAGGAGAAGCUCAGCUGCAAGCGCUGGAUGGCUGUCGGACUUGUUGUUUUGCUGCUGAACGUUGUCCUCACGAUCGCCUUCCUCUGGGGUGGCAUGCUGUUCGUGUCAUCAAUAACCGGCGUCAAAGUGGAUCCUUCGCAGCGGGACUGGUACCUGCUAGUGGGUACACAGAUGGGCACUUUACAGGCCUUCAAGAUUGCGGACCUCCUGAUGCAAUUGCCCGUGUGGGGUAGGCUUGCACCACACCUGCCGAACAAGGAGCACACGCGGCGAAGUCCCGGACGUGCCAAGACCAUGCGGGCGUCAGUCCUCAAGGGGGCAAUAAAGGAGGCUGACGGACGCCUCGCAGAAAUCGAAAAGGAGCAUGAGGCUGCCAUGGAGGCCUCGAGGACUCCGGGGCAGCGGCCCUUUCCACCCAGUGGACCGCAGCUGAAACUCUACAGCCGCUGGAGGCGACACGACUAUUCCAUCGACUUCGUAAAAUCCAUGGCCGACCUGAUUCUGACCAUCGACGCGAAGAACGGCUUGAAAGUUUGUCAGGCGGAAGACAGCCGAAUCCUGUUUCGCUUGCUUCUUCCAGAAUUUUCGUGUUUGACUCCAUACAUCGUGCUCGUGGACCCAGCCACGGAGGACCAGCGAAGCACAGAAGGCGAUGCCCAAGGCCAAGUCGAGAGCGCGGCGGAGGUGCCACCUCCGAGCUCUCCGCAGCUGCUGGGGGUGACCUUGGGCAACUCCCGCGGAUCCUUGGAGAUGGUUGAGCUUCCGUGGACGUCGCCUGACGUCGAGGUGUUUUCGUCCCAGGCGUCUCAUGGAGGGCCCGUUCUUCAGGUCGACUAUUUGCUACCGAUCGAGAUCUUUGUCUCUGUCGGUGAGGACGACACGGUGCGGUUCUGGUCUUCGGCUCUCCAGCUUCUCCGUGAGGUCUUCUUCCCACAGCCGUGCUCCACUGUGGCUUUCCUUCGGCUGCCAGACAUGGACACCAGCGCUGGCCAUGGGGAUGUCCUUGUCGGUUUUGCCGCGCACGUGGAGCGUGUUCCCAUGGAUGUAUGGGCACGUGGUGUCAAGCACGAGAAGCUGGGAGGCACCCUACCGCUCGACAGCACCAUGCGCAGCUCUCAAGGGUCCAAAGCCACUGGCAGCAGCGCAUUCACCAAGAGCAGCACGCAGGAAAUGGAUGAGCUACUCCUGCAAGAGCUCAAUAGGUUUAGCCCCGAAGAUGAGGAUGUGCUGGGCGAGCGGCCUCCCAGCAGCGAAAUUGUCAAGCUGGUGGACGAGGAGCUGCCGAAGAGAAGGAGGAGCCGAACCGUCAUGGACUUCCGCGGUGCCCCGGUCGUGCCGCUGGGCGUACUCGGCGGCCUCGCAGCAGACAUGGUGGGGGUGGAGGAGCGCUUGUCGCAUCGACCAGAAGCCCUGGAGCACGUGCCGCACGAGCACAGCCAGGUCCUGGACCAAGGAGAUUUGCGUGCCAUCACUCGCUACCAUGCAGGCUACUACGAUUGGACGGUGAACCCCAGUGCGAUGGUGGAUGCCCCACGUGGAUGCGCUAUCCGGGGCGUCACUGGAGAUGGCAACGUGGCCAUUGUCACAUCUGUCGGCAUAGGUCAUCUUCGGGGGGAAGGCCACGCUUUCCAGCCUGCACCACAGGAAGCUCCCUCAGAGGAACUUUUUGCCCACACAUCACUGGAAGAGGAACUCGAGGCUGGCGAGCUGCCGGACGAAGCGCCCCUGGCCUUGCCAGGCCCAAGCUCCCCGCGGCCUGCGACGGGCGCCUCCGCGGCCACCAGUGUUGCUGCGACGGCCAGGCGACCCGACUCGAACGAGCCUCGGUUGGAGUCACGGACCUCUGCCAGAACUGGCGAGGCUCAGGCACGAGGCGCAUUGGAGGAGUGCGUGGAAGAAACAGAUGACGAGGGCAUGGUGAACGACGAG